CUUUUUAGUCAUUGCCGUGUUUGAAUAAUAGUUGCAGCAUAUGCAUACACAAUUUCGCUGUCCCUGCGCACCCUUUUCCUUUUCAUUUCUCCUCAAUUUUAUACAUACAGAUUGAAUUUUCAUUUCUUAUGCAGUUUCUUCUUUCAUGAGGAUCAUUUUGAGGUGAAUAUUGUUUGGUUGAUUGGGUAUACGAUGAGAAGCGGUGGAAUUAAUGGAACAGACUCGUUGGAGACGAUAAACGCUGCAGCAGCAGCUAUUGAAAGUCGAGUUCGUCGAGCUUCGGUUCAGCAAUCCUUUGGCCAAAAGAAGAAUUCACAAGAUACAGCAAUUCUGAUAUAUUUUCUUUAUGUUUAGUACUUUGAACUUCAAAGGCUUCAGCUCACGGCCCUCAUGCAUAUUCAAAAGAGAAGGUGGGGAAGCUGCUGGAGCCUUUAUAGGUGUUUUGGAUCUUAUAAGCACAACAAGCGAAUCGGACGUGCUGUAAUUGUUCCUGAAACUUCAGCCUCUGUGAUGGAUGUUCCCACAGCUGAACAUCCACCCCGACCACCUCCCCUAGAACUGCCUUUUGUUGUGCCGCCUUCCUCUCCUGCAUCGUUCCUUCCAUCAGAUCCUCCUUCCUCAGCCCAGUCACCAACUGGCGUGUUAUCACUCACUUCUGUAUCUGCAAACAUGUACUCCCCUGGUGGACCACCUUCAAUUUUUGCUAUUGGCCCUUAUGCUCAUGAGACCCAGUUAGUCUCUCCUCCAGUCUUCUCCACCUUCGCCACUGAGCCAUCAACUGCCCCAUAUACUCCCCCGGAAUCAGUUCACUUAACAACACCGUCCUCCCCCGAGGUGCCAUUUUCACGGCUUCUUGAACCCACCCUCCAGAAUGGUGAAGCAUGUCAAAGAUAUGGCUUCUCCCAGUAUGAAUUUCAAUCCUAUCAACUUCAACCUGGUAGUCCUGUUAGCCAUUUGAUCUCACCAAGCUCAGGCACCUCAUCACCUUUACCUGAGCUUGAGUUUGCUACUGGAAUCCCCUUUUUGCUUGGGUUCACAACCGGUCACCCACCUAAACUUUUGGAUCUUGACAAGAUAGCGCGUGGGGAAUGGGAAUCACGUGAGGUAUCUGGUGAAGCGUCUCCAGAUGCCACGGCCACGGAACCUAGAUCUUCUAAUUGUUGCCAUUAUAAUCGUCAACAUUCAGAUGUUGCUCCACUUCCGAAGAUACCUAAUGAGCUGCAAAAUGAUGAGACUGCUAUAGAUCAUAGAGUUUCUUUUGAGAUUACUACUGAAGAGGUUGUAAGAUCUGUGGAAAAGAAGCUACCGAUCUUGCAUAAAGCGGUGCCUAAACCUAUCGAGUAUGUAGGACACACAGCAGAAGAAAGACCAAUCAGAACGGAAAAUCUAAUAGGAGAAACCUCCAAUAACGCAUCUGAGACAGCCCUUCCUGAUUGCAAGAAUAGACAGAGGCAUCAGAAAAACCAAAAGAUCACUCUUGGUUCAGGAAGAGAAUUUAACUUCAACUCUAUCAAUGGAGGAAAUCCUGAUGAACCUAGCAUUGGGCCUAACUGGUGGGUGAAGGAGACAGUUCUUAUAGACGAUGGAGGGCCAAGAAAGAACUGGUCUUUCUUCCCCAUGAUGCAAACAGGUGUGAGAUAGAAGAUACAAUCCUCAAGGAGAAUUUGAAUUCAUCCAGUGCACCUGAGUAUACAGUCAAAUUACAUGGUAACAGGUAAAUAGGUUGCUUAAUUAGGUAGUUAUGUUUCUGAUGGCAGGCUCGCUCUUGUAGCUUUUUUAUAGCAUUUCUAACCUAACUGUAGCAUAAAGAGGGGAACACAGUUUAAUUUUAGUGAUCAAUACAACUAUGAUUAGACGAAAAUGUCUUAUUAUAGUGAAAUCAUUUAGGUAUUUGUGUUUUUUCUCUAUGUAAUAUAUUAUAGCUAGAACAGUCAUAAACAUGCCGCCCCUCACGUCAAUGACAAUCUUUGGAUGACAAUUUUGCCA